AUGCCGGGUUAUCGACUCAACGCAGUUCUCAGUCUGGUGCUUCUUCCUCUCGCCAACGCGAUGGGGCAUCUGGCACCGGGCGUCGGGGCUGCCUGGGCUGCAGUUGGAAGGCCGCUGAUCGACUAUCCGGUUCUUCUCUUGACAUUCUCAGUUCAUGCUCUCGCCGACAGCUAUGAUAAAUGGAAAGACAUGCCCCGACAUGCCCGGCCAUCGACCAGACUGUGGCUGAUGUGGGUUGGCAGUCUGCUGACCCUCUUGCUGGGGGCAACCUAUCAAUGCGGCUUCCACGUCGCCAGACGACUGCUUUUCUUCCUGGCAGGAGAGUUGCUGUGGCCAACUCCGUCAGUCCCCUUCUACUCCCCCGGCAAAGGCCUGCGACUCGUUAAGCUCAAAGAUGUGUUCGGCGCCGGAAAAUCGGCCUUCUGUGGUUUCUGCGCCGGCUGGAUGGACGUCAACCCUGCCACCGUGCGCGCGUGCGGGCUGUAUCCCAGCCUGUGCAGUUCCGGAGACGUGCGCCUGCGGUCGCUGGCCUACAGCGUGCUCUACAACUUCCUUCGCGAAACCGUCUGCGACGCCAGAGACGUUGUCGAGGAUGAAGAGGAGGGAGUAAUGACGCUGCCCAUUGCGCUGGGUCGGCGGGGUACGAUGCUCCUCCUCACGGUGGUCGUUAUUCUUGGCGAUAUCGUCAUCACUGGAGACUUGAGCGUGGAAUCGUUGCUUCGCGCGACAUUUGCGCUGGCCAUGUCGCAUGUGGUGCGGAAACAGCCGAGAGAGAACGGGCUGGCUUGGGCUUGUCUGGCGCUUUUUCUGCUGCUUCCUGUCUUGUGGGGGCAGGUUCGGCUGGUGGACUCGUAG